GGUUGGUCACACGAGAGCGUCUGCUUCGCUCCGGACGACAUAACCUCAUAAUUUCCGUGCUUUUUUAUCCCAAACGAAAACACGGAACGGACACGCAUUGUGUGAAGUACAAAUUUCGUGGCAAUGCCGCUCCCGCCCGUUCCAGCUUCUGGAGGAGCUGCUAUUAAAGAAGGUGCUCGGCUGCUCAUAAGAUUUUCUCGCAAGGGAUGUACUAACAGACCAUUUUAUCACCUCCAACUGAGCCAUAGUAAACUUGAACUAGAUGAUCAAUGCAUAGAACAACUUGGAACAUAUGAUCCCCUACCAAAUGAACGAAAUGAAAAACUAGUUUCUUGCAACUUUGAGAGAAUACGUUAUUGGUUGGGUGAAGGUGCUACUUGUUCCCAUGGAGCUAGUGUUAUAUUAGGACUUGCAGGCUUCUUCCCUAUUCACCCAUCAUCGUACAUGACGGCAUGGAAAAAUAGAAGUGAAGCUGAGAAACCUGAACCACCCAUGCCAAAGAAGUUAACUUGGCGAGAACGCAAGAAGAUUCUGAUGAAACAGGCUGAAGAUGCUCGGAACGCUCCUCCAACUGAAGAUGACUCGGAAGAAAAAGAGAAAGUUGCUGAAUCUUCCUCCUAGUAGUAAUAUACAUGUUAAACCUUGUUGGAAGAGCUGACUUGAUAUCUGUCAGCCUCUGAGCACUGCAGUGCUGAUUUGAGUCUUGAACUCAAAUAAGUGUACAGGAAUUGCUUAGAAUGCCAAUAUAUAAACUGAUGUUUAUGUAGGCAGGGUUCCAUUUUUAAGAUGUUUAAAAUACAUAGUCUUUGUAAUGAA